AUGUCUGAUGGAGACCGCGGCCCAGUUCUGCUUUCCGGUGCUGCCGCACCAAGCAAGAUAGCGACCGCAGGAUAUUGGACGGUGGCUUUGGGUCACGUGUUGGUGUUGCGCAUCCAUGUGCUUGCGACUGGUGCAGAGGCAAUGCUGUUUGCAACCUUGGCUUUGGUUGAAGUAGCUUUGGCCUUGGAGGCCGCUGUCUAUGCGGUUGGUAGCCUGGGAACCAGAAUCGGGCUUCCAAUACUGACAUUUCUUGGCCGUGUGCGGCUGCUGGGCGCUGCGAUGGCCUGGCCCUGGCUCUUGGUUUGGGUCUCUGAGCUUGGCUGCCGAUGCAACGUGGUCUCUCUGGACCAUGGUAUUGGUUUGGUACAUGUCACUUUAAUACUGGCAGUGCUCCUGACAAUGUUUUAUCUUUGGGCGGAGGUGCAGCUUGUGAUGUUUGCUACUCCCGCUGCUAGCUCGAGCGAUUCUGUGGGAUGUUUGCCGCUUCCAGGUGGCCAGUUCAGACUAGACAAGGCAGAUUUAGAAGAGACAGGCCGGGCAGUCUUCAUCCCUGCCCAGGCAAGGCGGGGCCUUUAUGCAGGAGCGGGUCUGGCUUUGCUGGCACACCUUGUCUUCGGGGUGGCCUUCGCUUUCCACAGCUUUCCUCCAUGGUUGCUGUUGGGGGCCCUUGUCGCGAUGCUUGGACGCUCCUUUGGACAGCUUCCCCCGAUGGCCAAAGGCCGCGAGAAGGGUAGUCUCAUGGACUCCACCGUGCUUUGGCGACGGGAAGGUCCUCGAUUGGUGGUGCGCCUUGCUGAACUUCUUUGGAUUUGGUGUUGCGUUCUGGAGCUGCAGCGGUGUGAAGUCUCUGGCGACUGGCUUUCCGCCUGCGCUGCAUAG